AUGAAUCAUUUGAGGCCUAUUCUUCACGUUUUCCACGUUGUAAACAUCGACAUUCAACCUAACUUUAAUUUGCCUCUUGAGAUUUGCAAUGGCUCAGUUAGCUCCACACAAAUAUCGCCUCUAACGCCAUUUGCCAUCAGUGAUUCCUAUCUACUUGAUAAUGAACUUGCCUUUUCAGAUACAGCGUCUAAUGAAACUCCAGGGUUUCUAACAGCUGGUGAAAAUGCAGACAAUGAGGACACCUUUCCUGUUCCUCAUGGUACCCAUUUACCAACUUCUUACCAUCAAUGUCAUCGCCAACAUCCCUCAUGUGCUAAGAAUGAGGAUUCUUUAGUGUCCACACCACCCGAUGAUCCUAGCGCUUUGACGAUCGGAUACGGUUUAUUAAACUGUCCGAUUCCAAGCAUAUACUCAUUGAAUCCUCCCUUGUCUCAGCGUUUCAGCAAAAUUGCACACACUAACUACCCUAACUCGCUCUAUCAGGAGCGAAGUAGACUUCACCACCGUUGUUCUCGUGAAAAACGUUUAAUUUGCUGCAAAGCAAAGACAAAACCGCGUUCUGGCCAAGCUAUAACAACAUCGUCAAGGUCCCCAUGUUUUGAAUUAAACCACAUGAUGCCGAACCGGCCUCGCGAUCUACCUCCGGCGCCCUACUGCCUUUAUGGCGAGACGGCACGUCUGCUUUACUCUAAAACCGCGAAGUCGGAGCUUGGAAAGAAGCCAAUCUCCAUUUCACUCUCAACUGGUCCUCCGGACAGCCGGUCCGCCCGACGUCUCCAUCAACCGCAUGUUUCACCGUCAUGGAUCCUGACUCAGAAGGCUCCAUUAGGCCCUCGACUCACUCGUUCAUUCCAGAUUUAUCAAAUCGCUAGUCUAUGGGCAGCAGCAGUGUCGAGACGAGACGUUCCUAGCAGCUUGUCGGCUGCUAGUGCCUCGGUUUCACGAAUUCGGAUGCCCACUGAUCGCCGAUUGAUUGGUGUGCUUAAACGCUACCCUGGGGCCGUGGCCGAGAUUUACAUCUGGCCCGUGACUUCACUAGACAGAGCUUCACAUCAUACGGAUACCAGUCUUACAGUCACUGGAAGUGGAUAUCGAGUGACUGGAUCAACUUCCGGUUCCUUGUCUGGUUCCUGUGGUCAACGCCACAUUCAAGCCUUGUCUAGACCUAAACCGGGCUUGCUCGUCCUCUGCACUAUCAGCUGGAACCAGAUGGUCUAUUUAGUCAGGGAUCUGGAUCAUUGCUAUCCAGUUUGGAAUUUGCAACGCCAAUUAUCUCGCUGA